AUGGGCCAACUCCAGAAACGAGCAGCUCUUUGUUUACUGUUCCUCUUCAUCUCCUUCGCAACAGGCUGCACCACAGACGACGACUGCAGCCUCAACGGCAUCUGCACCACCACCAACGCCACCUGCCUCUGCGACCCGGGCUGGCGCUCCGCCGACUGCGGCGAGCUCGACCUCCACCCCGCCACCCGCAACACCGGCUACAACCACACGUCCACCUCCGCCGCCUCCGACCCCUUCAGCGGCGGCACCGCCGGCAACGCCUCCUGGGGCGGCCAGAUCCUGCCGGACCGCCACGACCGCCACAAGUUCCACCUCAUCACCUCGCAGUUCUCGCACGGCUGCGGGCUCAGCGGGUGGAAGCCGUUCAGCACCAUCAUCCGCGCCGAGUCGACGACGGGCCCCCGCGGGCCGUACGUUUGGGCGCAGGAGCUGUUUGGCGCGUUCACGCACAAUCCGACGGCGGUUUGGAGCCCGGCGGAUGAGUUGUAUUUGUUGUUUAUGAUUGGGCGCGAUGGCUAUCCGCUGCCUGACACGUGUAAACAUCAGGGCAUCAUGCCGAACAACAUUUCCAUUGCUACGUCGCCGGACCUGCGGACGUGGACGCCGAGGAGGCAGGUGCUGACGAACGCGACGAAUCCGGCGCCGUGGCCGUUAUUUGAGCCGGGGAACAGCACGGCGCGGAUAGCGCUGGCGGUUGAGGACAAUAUCAUUCACGUCGCGGCGAAUUACAACGCUUCGUUUGAACCUACCGUCUUCCGGCCGGCGGAGGGAGAGCAGCCGUGGAGCGAGGAUCCGUUCUUGUGGCGCGAUAAGCGUGGGCACUGGCACAUCCUUGUGCACUAUAUGAUCGACAUCGAGGAGCGGGAUGAGAAGGGGCCGAAUGUCGGCGCGCAUCUGUAUUCCCGCACGCUGGAGGGGCCUUGGACGUUCAAUACGCGGACGAUAGCGUAUAACACAACGGUGCAGUUUGAUGAUGGGACGGAGACGGUAUUGUACCGGAGGGAGAGGCCGAAGUUGUAUUUUGAUCCAGAGGAUGAGGAGGUAGUGCCGCUGUACUUGGUGAAUGGCGUGCAGGAUAAUGGGACGAAGGCGAGCUAUACGUUGGUGCAGCCGAUUGGGGAGGCUGCGAGGGCGUAUGAGCAACGGCUUAAGUUUACGUAA